AUUCAGUUUUCUGAGUGGUAAUACUUACUUAUCAGCGGUCUCUGCAGCUGAAAGCAUAAUAAAAAUCGCUCUCCUGCCAAAAGAAAAUUUCCAGGAGCCAAAAUGGGUCUGUUCAGCUGUAUUGGCAAUUUGAUCAACGGCAUCUUCAAGUACAUACUUUUUAUCUUUAACUUGAUCUUUGUGCUUGCUGGAAUUACAAUCUUGGUUUUGGGAAUUUUGACGGAGAUGAGUAUUUUUGACAUCAGCCAGUACCUCUCGUUGGACAUCCACACAUCAGCUAUUGUGCUGAUGGUGGGCGGUGGAACGAUCGUCAUUGUUUCAUUCCUUGGCUGUUGUGGUGCAAUUUCUAACAGCAGGUGCCUUUUGAACUUGUACGCUGCCUUCCUGUUGCUAGCACUUUGUGUGCAAGUGGCUGGAUUCGUUUUGGUUAUUUCUUGGAAUCCAAAUCUGAGCGUUGACCUCGAGAAGGAAAUGAUAACCCUGAUGACCGAUUACCCGCCAGCCGGGCUGGAGGGGCAAACUGGAGAACCGGCGCAAGUCUUUUGGGACACUUUGCAAACCCAGGGCGAGUGCUGUGGAAUACGUUCAAGCCUUGACUGGGCCUCCUACAACCCCGAACUGUCUCGGGUGCCCGACUCUUGCUUAUGCGACCCUUCGAUCGGUUUAUGUACGGCCGACGGAUUCUAUUCUCGAGGUUGUUUGCAACACCUGCAGGAAACAAUUUUGAACAUCCAAUACAUCAUGGCGUGGACAGCUAUUGGCGUGGCCGCUUUCGAGGUGGUUGUCGGUACUCUGACCCUCAUUUUUGCAAACAGUUCUAGAAAUAGAAAGGACCGAGAUCAAAACCAGCGUAUUUUUGCUCUUCCAAAAGAUAAAAUUUCAUUGUCAGUACAAGGUAUAACUGAUAACUUGAUUGAUAAGCUACGUUUACAUUUUAUAAAUCAGUCAGCAUCAGACAGCAACACUAACAGGAGCAAUAUGGGCUGCUGUCUGUUUGAUUGCAUAGGGGGAUGCGUCCUCACCAUCUUCCGAUGGCUCAUUUUCAUCCUCAACUUGAUUUUUGUGAUUGCAGGAAUAGCAAUCAUAAUUUUUGGAUCAAUCGUUUUGGCUAACCUUGAAACACUGGACAAUUUCUACUCUCACAAAACCGGCAUUGGAGCAAUUAUUUUGGUAGUUUCUGGAGGAUUGGUUGUAAUUGUUUCGUUUCUUGGCUGCUGCGGAACGCUCAAUCGGUCUCAUCGGAUGUUAAACACGUACGCCGUUUUUCUGCUCGUCAUUUUUGCCCUCCAACUGUCUGGGAGCAUUUGCUCAUUUGCCUACAAGGACUACUUCACGUCUAAGGCCCUGGCUAAUAUGGAAGAUUUGGCAAAGAUUUACUACGUCCCUGGAUUCGGCGGCGAUCUUCAAGCCAAAGAGGCUUGGGACGACAUGCAGUCUAUAUAUCACUGCUGCGGAACCCAAUCCUUCGCGGACUGGUCGAGGCUCAGGCCAGAACUAAUGGGCUAUCCCAAUUCGUGCAAUUGCCAGAUUUUUGAAAAGGAUUGUGGCAUGAAUGGUUUGUACAACGAGGGGUGCUAUAAUGUAUUGGAACCGUUUUUGACAGCCAUGUUGGACGCAGCUGCAGUCAUUGGAAUCAUAGUAGCAAUUUUACAAUUCAUCGUGGCCAACGCAACACCCGUCACCCUUGGCCCUGUCCUGCUUGGCUCACACCCGUUUUCUCUUUGGCUCUGGAUUAUAUAUCUGACCCACCAGACCCUGUUAGCCCACUCCGAUUAUUUGUUGCCUGGUUUCCACAAAACCGACUUUCACGAUUUCCAUCACUUGAAGUUCACUCAAAAUUAUGGCUCAAUAGGAUUCUUAGAUAGACUUUUAAACACCGAUGAUGUUUUCCAAAAGCAAAAAUACCAGGCCAAGAAAAUGGCAUCAAAAUAA